ACCCCGAGGAGGCGCCCAUACAGCGCUCUGCAAGCACGCUCAUGCAAAGUCUGUUCUGAUUUAGACCUUUGCAGUGAAGCAACAUGAGAAGUUUAGAUGUUUUCGUGUUCAUGCUGGCAGCUCUGUCAACAGCUGAGGGCCUUUGGAAGCAGAAAAGAGAUAAAAGAUUUUCUAUUUUCUCCUCCUCUGAUAGUCCAGCUGGGAUCUGCCUUAAUGGAGGCGUCUCUGUCUCAUCGCUAACCACUGGUGAACAUCUGUUUUGUCUUUGUGCCGAUGGUUUUGAUGGAAGACACUGUGAAAAAGUGAAACGUGAAGAGUGCUAUGAGGGCACUGGGUUGUACUACAGAGGCAAAGUGUCUGAAUCAGUCAGCGGACAGAGGUGUGAGAUGUGGGAUGCAGACAACAGGCGGCGUUACCUGUUUUCAGACAUCCGCUCAGGAAGGCACAACUACUGCAGAAAUCUUCACUACAGACGCCGUCCGUGGUGUUACGUUUGGAAAGACCAGCAGCUGGUGUGGGAGUAUUGUCAAAUUCAACGUUGUGGCCUUCAGUCCUUUACAGCUGCACCUCCCCCUGCACCCACUGAGUCACAAACACCUGCAGGGCUGACAUGUGGUCAGCGUACCAGAAGAAAGCAGAUGAAGAUUGUGGGUGGAACAGUUGCCACUGUGGAAUCCCACCCUUGGGUUGCUGCCAUAUUCUGGCAUAGCAAAUCCAAGAAGGUUUACCGCUGCGGGGGCAGUCUGAUCGCCCCCUGCUGGGUCCUCACAGCCGCCCACUGCUUCCCAGAUGGGUCUCAUAAUAAGCCACGACGCUUCUCCGUCAUUCUGGGAAAAAACGCCCUGAAGGAGAGCGACCCAGCUGUGGAGCAAACGUUCAGGGUGGAGGAAAUCUCCAUCCAUGAAGGGUUUGACAACAGCGAGGGAAACUUCAACAAUGACAUUGCCCUGCUGAAGCUGAAGGCCGGUAGUGGAAAAUGUGCGGAGGACACCGACUCGGUGAAGACCGUCUGCCUGCCGCCGCCUCGGCAGAGACUCCUGCCAGGUGUCGCCUGUGAAAUCGCUGGAUAUGGGAAAGAGAAAUAUGGUUUGUGGCACAUGUCUCAGACCCUUCGAGAGGCUCAGGUGAAUCUCAUCGCUGACAAUGUGUGUAGACAAAAAGAUUAUUAUGGAAACAUGAUCACUGACAACAUGUUUUGUGCCGGUCGUCCUGACUGGAGCCAGGACGCCUGUGAGGGCGACUCAGGAGGACCGCUGGUAUGUGAGGUUGGCGACAGGUUCUUCCUGUUCGGGGUUAUCAGUUGGGGUGAUGGCUGUGCGGCUGUACAGCGACCUGGUGUUUACGCCAGAGUUACUAAUUACAACAAGUGGAUAGAAGAAAAGACGGGCCUGACCUCCAUCACUGCUGGAACUUUGUUCCCACAGAAAUGAUUUUGCACUGAAGAUAUGAACCGUUAAUGCUGCCAUUUCCACAUAGGCCUUAUAAAAAAAAAGAUAAUUUUGUUAUCUUUCCAAACAAUUUUUUAAGAAAGGACCAAAGCUAAUGAUGACUAGCUCAAUGAAUCUUGUUUAUGUUCCCAUUUCCAAUCGCAUAUAGAUGAUGUGACUAAUGAAAAGUAGAAAAAAGAGUAAAAAGAAAAAGAAAAACCUUCAUGUAUGUGCAAAACAAUUUAUAAAUAGUGGUAUUUGCCUGUUUUCAGGAAGACUUGAUGGAAUUGAAGGGAAAUAAACAAUUUCAUCAGUCCUGGCAAAGAUUACAAUGACAGAGUUCGCCAGAUGUUCCUGCUCUGAACCAAUAAUCAUUAAACUCAAACAAGUUAUCAGUGUCUCCCCAGAUAUGAUAUAAUAUCCCAAAUAUUCCCAGAACUGGAAGUAAAAGAAGAGCUUCCCCUAAUGGAUGUCCACUGCAGUUGUUUAUUUCCCUUUAAAGCUUUCUUCCAGUCAGGAUGAUACAACAACUUGCAGCCUAAUCUAUUGAUUGGAAACGAGCUAAUGGAAAUGUUGUUGAUCUAAAUUAAUUUUUUGCAACUUUUCAAGAUUGCUUCAGAUUUGCUUUGUAAUGAAUGAAAACCCAACUAAUCUGUGAUAUAUCUUAAAAAAAGUUGUGCCUUUGUGCUGAGCUUAAUUCUUCAUACUCUGGCAUGAAAUGUGGAUUAACCUGUCACUAGGAAUAGUCCACAAUAAACAUACAUUAUUUUUUCCUGCUCUUCAUCAGGAGUUUGUAGGUCCCAAAGUAAUUUAAUUACAAAGCAGCUGGAUACCUGUGAGAAUUGUGAAAUCAUAGAGCAGUGUUUCCAGAUCCUCAGGACUCCCUGCCCCACAUGUUUUAGAAGUAACCUUACUUUAACACACCUGAAUUAAAUGAAUGACUGCAAAGAACUUGAUGAUGAAGUUUACUCAUUUGAAUCAGGUGUGUUGGAGUAGGAACACGUCUAAGACAUGCAGGGCAGUGUGUCCCAAGAACCUUGACUGAGACACACUGAAUUAGAAUAAAUCUCCCUGGGCCCUGAUCUCUUCAAAAAAAGACAUCCUAUAUUUGCAGAUUGAGGGUGCAUUUUUCCCCCCAAAAUCAGCUUUGAACAAAAUAUGAAAUAAACAUGCAACUCAAAGAAUAACUAGUUCCUUAAAUCCCCAUAUAAACAGAACCAACAUGGUGCUUAUUUUUUCGGCCUCGGGCCGGGGAGCUGAUGUAGCUGACUGUGCUGAAAGCAGGCAGUCAGACAACACUGAGCAGCUUCUACCUUCUACCACUUGUUCAAGUUCACUCACAACUUUGAAACUAAAAUUUUUCAUCCACUUACCUGUUCAGCAUACUUUUUAAAGUCCCUCCCCUUUUCAAACGUUUUAGGAGGGACGUCCCAGAUGGUUCUCUGACACAAACUGAUGCAUCAGGUUAUUAGACAGGAAAAACAUGUGUGUGUAUACCAGUGUUUUUGCUUGUUUUCUUUGUUUUCAGUCAUUUUUCUAUUAAUUUUGAUACAUUUUUUUCUACAAUUUAAAGAAAGCUUAAUGUCUAUUGAACAUUUUAUCCUUAUUGUGCAAAACAAAUUAGUAGUUUACCACUACUCAAAAAUCAUUUAUGAGUAGUGGUAUUAUUUUCUAUAAAGUCAAAUGCUUGAAUAUGCCAUUUUACUAAUGCAUUUAUGCUGCAGAGCAGAGUUGAAGACAUCAAAUCUGACACACUGUACUUUUGUAUGUAAUAAACAAAAAAUGUUGUCGGUGUUUUCUUGAUAAUGGUUUUGUACAUUUGAGUUUAAUAAACUUCAAAAAGUUA